CCAGCCCACGCGCCUGGUUAAAGCCUCUCCAUCCCCUGCCCUCACCCAGUCCCUGCCACAGCUGAGCAGACCUCCAGGAUCUGUCGGCAGCCCCUGUUCAGAGGCAGAGCAGAGACCAUGUCUGACGUGGAAGAAGAGGUGGUGGAGGAGUAUGAGGAGGAGCAGGAAGAAACAGCUGUGGAAGAGGAAGACUGGCAAGAGGACGAAGACGAGCAGGACGAGGCAGCAGAAGAGGAGGCUGAAGAUGGGACUGGGGCUGAGGAUGAGACCAAGGCCGAAGAAGAUGGACUAGAAGAGGAAGCCAGAGAUGCUGAAGAUGGCCCAGUGGAGGAGUCYAAACCCAAGCCCAGGCUGUUCAUGCCCAACUUGGUGCCACCCAAGAUCCCUGAUGGAGAGAGAGUGGAUUUUGAUGACAUCCACAGGAAGCGCAUGGAGAAGGACCUGAAUGAGCUGCAGACGCUGAUCGAGGCUCACUUUGAGAACAGGAAGAAGGAGGAGGAGGAACUGGUUUCUCUCAAAGACAGGAUCGAGAAGCGACGAGCUGAGCGGGCUGAGCAGCAGCGCAUCCGUAGUGAGCGGGAGAAGGAACGGCAGACCCGCCUGGCUGAGGAGAGGGCCCGGCGAGAGGAGGAGGAGAGCAGGAGGAAGGCCGAGGACGAGGCCCGGAAGAAGAAGGCUUUGUCUAACAUGAUGCAUUUUGGAGGCUACAUCCAGAAGCAAGCCCAGACCGAGCGGAAGACUGGGAAGAGGCAGACUGAACGUGAGAAAAAGAAAAAGAUUCUGGCUGAGAGGAGGAAGGUGCUGGCCAUMGACCACCUGAAUGAAGACCAACUGAGGGAGAAAGCCAAGGAACUGUGGCAGAGCAUCUAUAACCUGGAGGCAGAGAAGUUCGACCUGCAGGAGAAGUUCAAGCAGCAGAAAUAUGAAAUCAAUGUCCUUCGAAACAGGAUCAAUGACAACCAGAAAGUCUCCAAGACCCGCGGGAAGGCCAAGGUCACUGGGCGCUGGAAGUAGGGCCCACGUCUUCUUCACCAAAGCUCUUCUCGCCUGUGUUCCUGCCUUGCACCCCUCAGCUCCUGGGACCCUCCUGGGACCCUCCUGGGAACCCCAGGAGGGUCCUGUCUGGAGACCAGGAGGUGGCCUAGCUGGAAGCCAGCACUCCUGCCUGCCCCCUGCCCACACCAUGCCAGGA